AUGGAUUUAGGCAGCGGAAGAUGGAGAUCUGAAUCAGAGGCAGCGGAAGAUGGAGAUCUGAAUCAGAGGCAGCGGAUAUGUUCAGUAGCAGUGAAACAACGGAAUGCAAAGGUGUUUGAGUUGGAGGAUUCUUUGUUAUGGGGUGAUGGUGGUGGUGGUGGUGGCGAUGGUGGCGGCGACGAUGGUGGUGGUGGCGGAUGCGGUGGCGGUGAGUGUGAUAGUGGUGGUGGUUGUGGAGGUUGUGUUGGUGGUCAUGCUAUCGAUGGUGGAGGCAGCGUAGGUGCCAUUGGUUGUGGUAGGGGUGGCGGCUGCGGCGGGGGUGGUGAUUGUUGUGGUGUUGGUGGUGGGCGUCGUGGUCGUGCUAGUGGUAGUCAUGGUCGUGGAUGUUGUCGUGGUGUUAGUGGUGGUAGUUGUGGACGUUGUGGUGGUAGCGGCGGCGGUAGUGGUGGAGAUGGCACAGUGGCAGUGGUCGUGCUGGUGUUGGUGAUGGUGGUAGUGGUUGUGGUGGUGGCGGCAGUGGUGGUGGUGAUGGUCAUGGUGGUUUUAGUGGUUGUGGGGGUGGUGUUGGUUAUGGUGGUGGCGACAAUGGUGGUGGUUGUUGUGGUAGUGGUGCUGGUAGAGGUGGCGGUGGCGACAACGGUGGUGAUGUUGAUGAUGGUGGCAGCGGCGGUGCCAAUGGUUGUGGUGGUGGUGGCAGUAUCGGUGGAUGUGGUGGCGGUGACGAUGGUGGUGGUGGUGGUUUUGGUGGCGAUGGCGUUAUGGUGUUGGUGGUGA